CGAAUUUGCUGUUGUUAAGUAUUGCCCAGGUUAUUGGCUUUGGCCGGAUAUCUCCUCUUAUCGUACCAUAUGCAUCAAGGCGCAUCUCGUGCCGUUCCACGCAGUCCGCGCAGAGUACGCAGUCUUAGUUCAAGCUUUUUUGGAGCCUUUCUCACCGAAUGUUUCUGAGGCGCCUCCACGAUUGAGCCUUUGUCGACGACAUGUCUGCGGAGGAGUUGAUCAGGCAUCGGUCUGCCUCGCAAGGCUCGCAUAAUUCGGUGAAAAAGCUAGCACCAAGUCGGUCGAAACUACGAUCUAAAAGCGUCCUCGGAAUCUGCGCUGCAACGGGUUCUCUAUUCCUUUUCACUCGAGGGCCUACUGUGGUGUGUCUGCAUCAUGACACUCUCGCUGUUGAGAGGUACUUCGAAAACCAUCGCGAAGACAUCUUGUUACUCUCGGUAGAUAAUGCCAGUGCUCAAGGCGGUGGCAGACUGGCCGUAACUUAUGAUGUUGGGCAAACUGCAAUUGUCUGGGAUAUGCAUACCGGACAAGAAAUUGCACGGUUUGCCUCGUUCGAGCAUAUCAAUGUCGCAAAUUGGAUGCGAAAUGGCAACGUUGCCUUUGGCAACUCCAAGGGCAAUAUCAUUUUGUUCGAACCGUCCACCUCCGAGCAUCUCUCUACUCGUACAAUUUUCGAUCCUAUAACAGCGCUGGCUCCGUCAUCCGACUGCAAAACAUUUGCCAUUGGCUAUAUGAACGGUUCCAUCUUGAUCGCUACAGUCCAGCCAACUUUCACCAUUCUUCACACACUUACAACCUCUCGAGCUCCCUCGCCACUAGUUCAUCUAGCAUGGCAUGCAUCAUCUUCCAAGCAAAAGGCCUCAAUGCUUGCUUCACAAACAAUGGAUGGAGACCUUCGCGUUUGGAGCAUUCCAAAGCAGCCGUCGAGCGAGUCUCCCCGAGUCAUCCGUGCACUGACUCGGCCAGAAUCUUGUCAGCCAGGGCGUCAUUGGCUGGGCUGGUCUAAGAACGGCAGAAUUGUCCAAUUCUCAGAAGGUGAAGUGGUGGUUUGGGACGUUCGGACAAAGCAUGUCACAUACGAAACCGUUCCGAUUGCAGGUGACGUCUGUGGAAUAACAAAUUACGGGCCUACCGCGACACUUUUUACCCUGAGUCGGGAUGAUACGGUUCAACAAUAUGAGUUAAGCCCUCCUACAUUGGUUGCAAGCGUUCGACAUCUCCCAGCAACUGUUCCUGCCCCGCCUCGCUUUGGAUCGACCGGCAGGGGCCAUUCAAGCACAGGUCUUUCCGGGAACACACCCGUGACAGCACUGAGAAGUGAACCCGAGAGCGAAGAGGAUUCUGCAGCGUUGACCCCUUUGCAGAAAAUUGUGCAGGAAAUGGCAGAGAUGGAAGCCGACCGGAAGAAUCGCAUUGAUACGACUAGCUCAAUGUCAUCCGCCCUGAGCCGUACUGGGUCUGCCAGUUCAAGAUCUUCAGGGGGUCGCUACCGGCCGGGCUACCCUUCCAAAUCAUCCAUUUCGGCGAAGUCGAGUGACGUUACUUUUCUCUCUAAUGGAACAAUGUCCUAUGGCGGUGCCGACAGUGUUUCCAUCAGCAGCUCAUCUUCUUUUGCCUCUUCUCAUCGCAUCAAACGGCCCGGUUCACGUCUUAAGCACGAACUUCUCCGAAGCCCGGAGGCCAACAAAGUCGUUGAUAUAUUCAGUUAUACAAAGAGUAAAUUGGAAGAAGUCCCAUAUACGAUUCCCUCGUGCCGAGACGAGAGUCACCUAACUCCUGACGAUCUUCGACGGCAAACACUGCGUGUAGUAUUUGGGUGGCACGGUGAUAUUGAAGACUUGAUAAAAGAUGAAUUGACCCAUCAGCCGCCUGGCUCGCCUGCUGCUGUACUCCUUUCUAAGUGGAUCACGGACGUUGAUGAGCAGAUGAUGAAGACAAUGGUUGGGUCUGAGUCAAUGACUGCAUCUGACUGGAUGCUGCUGGCCUUGAGCCAAAUCGGUGGCCAGGCAUCAACAAAGAAAGUUGGCCAGGCCUUUGUACAGCGUUUGUUAGAGAAAGGCGACGUUCAUUCCUCUGUCACAAUUUUACUUGGUCUCGGGGAUCAGGAGGACGCGGUUGAGGUCUAUGUUUCACGGAACUACUUCUUAGAGGCAGUUCUCUUGACCUGCCUUAUUUUCCCCACAGAUUGGCAACGCUUGUCUCAUUUGCUUAGACGUUGGGGAGAAUAUGCAAUCACAAGCUCUCAGCAGCAGCUUGCAUUGAGAUGUUUCUCGUGCACUAGCAUAGGUCCAUGUGAAUCCUGGACGCCGCCAACACGCAGGCAGUCAAUAUCUAAAUCAUCGAAUAUACAACAUUUGUCAGCAAAUGGCCAUCAUCACCACAGUCAUAACCACGAGUCAUCGUUGAAAUCACCGGCAUUAGCAAAUCAAUCCUUGAGCCCAACCCAAGUUGGUCAGGUUCCCAAAGGGGUGCGAGCCCCUGGAGUGCCGCCAGUUCCUAUCAUUACUGGUCCACCUCUGUCGCCUCCCGGAACAGGGAAUCCGAAUCGAUUAACAACUAAAAAUGCUGCGUUGAAAGUUAUCACGUCCUUUCCUUCCAACCAGGUUGCACCUGGCUCAUAUUUCUCGGCUAUUACGUCCGAUGAUCGCACGCCAAUGAACAAUAUUGGAGUCACUCCCAUAGCUGAUACAGCACUCUCUAACUCUCCCGGAGCUUGGCUUCGCCCUCACGGCCGAGGGAGCAAUCCAUCUUCAGCCCGGCGGACGCCAGGCGGAUAUGGCAGAAAACGGCUGCCUUCCAUUGGCGAGACUCCUGUAGAUGUCACGCCUCAUCCAUUUGCAAAGCCGACUUCACUAGCUACGAUUGUUGACUCAUUAUCUGCGAAGGAAAAGCAGAAGGGCAAUGGCGUGAAGUCAGGUCAACAGGACUCUCGAGCUACUCUGAGUGCGACCAAGUAUGAUCCGAAAACAAAGGACCCUCGUUCCCAAACUUCCCCAAGUCACAAGCUCUACUCCCCUGUACAAGGUUCCUUUGCGAAUCCGAACGGAGAGCGGCGAGAUGGGCCACGCAAUAUGAAGGGAGAGGAAGUGCAAGUUCAAUGGCCACCGAUCGAAUCAAUUCUUACGGGAGAUUAUAUAUCCACAACCAGUGCCCGCUCAUCUGAUGCUUAUGCAUCUAACCGUGGAAAUAAUUUUUCGUCCGCCAAUUCGACACCCUCAAUCUCUUCACGACAUGAAAUGCGAAGUAGAAGCAUCGAUCAAUUUAUAAGCAGCCUUGAAGAAGCAAAUUAUUAUUCUCGGCGGUAUCGGAGUGGAAGUCGACAUCGACAAGAAAGCCGUGAUCGAAAACCGCGAUUGAACAUUAAAGCUCCGUCUGAUGCUCGAAUGCAGAGUCAGGAUAGGCAGACUGAAUUUUCCGAAGGUCGUGGGCGGAGAGAUGUGAGAUACAUGAGGCCUAAAAAAUCUCCGUCUUCACCCGUACCAAUGUCUCCAGAGGAUCUCAAGCUAUACCCGAGGUGUGAAACUGCUGACGCAGAGAAGUACUAUCGGUCCACUUCCCCGAAUGCAGACGCUAGCCAGCGUUCGCAACGCAGCCAGCAAAAGUCGCAUUCAAAAACUCGUUCCAAGGCAUCUGCAACCUCCAACCGAAACGCUCAUGAACAGUCACAAGAGAGAAGAGCGGAGAGUCAAAAUGCCGGUAAACGAGCAGGGAGUGCACAGCGAAAAGCCGGAAUCCAUCAAGAGAAUUCUAUGGCUCAUCCUCCUAAGGGUGAUCGGGGUCGAUCCAGGUCCAGAGGAAAGGGGAAACCGUCAAGAUCUCCUUCGUCACCUGUACCAAUGUCCACGGAGCCGAACGACAUGACCCAGGCCGCAUUGACAAGUACGGAUGAAGUUUCAAUGUCUAGCGACUACCUUUCUCCUGCCCGACGGUACAGAAGCGGUAGCAGGCAAAAAAACGAACGAGGCUCAAGUGCCCGACGAGAUCCGUCGCCUGACCGCCGGCGGCGCUAUAAUCGCUCGCAAAGCCGCC